GGGGCAGCCAAGGGCAUGCGCCUAUCUAUCGAAAAAAGUUUGCUCAGGCCCGGGUGGGGCCAUCAGAUAGAAGGACUAUAUCUUGCGCCGGGGGUUGGAUCGCAUGGCUUGGGGAGCUCGUAGACUCUGACCGGAUCUACGACCAUGGGUGCGCACACAAAGGACACUCUGAAACGGCUUGUUCGUACCCUCGAAGUGGAUCAGCAUGAGUCCCGAAGAGACUUGUCAUAUGCCGAAGGCUUCCUCAUGUCGUGUUGCGCAGAAUGACGAUCUCUACCCCGUAGCACCAGAGAAACGGACAUGGGGAUGUGGAAUUUCAUUGCCUUGUACUUGGGUGGCGGACAGCUUCAAUAUCAACACAUGGGAGAUCGCCUCUUCCAUGGUUGAUGCUGGCCUUUCCUGGUGGCAAGCCUGGAUCUGCGUUUGGAUUGGCUAUGGCGUCGUCGCACCGUUCAUUGUGCUCAAUGCCCGGCCAGGCGCCAAGUUCCAUAUAACGUUCCCUGUUGUUGCGCGGGCUAGUUUUGGUAUCUGGGGCAGCCUUUGGUGUGUGUUUAACAGAGCGGCUAUGGCAUGUGUAUGGUAUGGUGUACAAGCCAGCAUAGGAGGAACAUGCGUCCUCGUUCUGCUCCGAGCGAUGUGGCCAAGCGUGGAGAACAUCCCUAACUCAAUGCCUGCAUCAUCCGGGACGAACACGCGGGAUUUCAUGUCCUUCUUCCUCUUCUGGCUCAUCUCCCUACCAGCCAUUUGGUUACCCAUUCACAAAGUGCGGCAUCUCUUCACCGUCAAGGCUGUUAUUGUGCCUAUCGCCGGCAUCACGUUCUUCAUCUGGUGCAUCGUCAAGGCCCACGGCGUCGGUCCGAUCGUACGGCAGCCGUCCACGGUCCAUGGCUCAUCUCUGGGUUGGUCCAUGGUGGCCAACCUGAUGUCGUGCGUGAGCAAUAUGGCCACGCUCGUCACAAAUGCGCCGGACUUCGCAUCGCGUGCGAAGAAACCUAGAGAUGCACUCUGGCCACAGUUGAUAGCUGUACCGCUCGGCUUCAGCAUCGUCAGCUUCCUCGGCAUCAUCGUCAGCUCUUCAUCGCAGGCUAUCUAUGGGCAGCCUGUUUGGUCUCCCAUCACCCUGCUGGGCAUGUUCCUGGACGACAGCCCAUCUCAUGCUACUAGGUUUGGAGUGUGGUUCAUUGCUGCUGCAUUCAUAAUUGCCCAGGUAAGCACGAACAUCUCGGCCAACUCCAUUAGUGCUGGCUGUGAUUUGACAGCCCUAUUCCCGCGCUUCAUCAACAUCCGGCGUGGCGGAUAUAUUGCUGCUAUAGUCGGUCUGUGUAUGCUGCCGUGGAAUUUGCUCAAGAGUAGCAACAACUUCACCACAUACCUCUCUGCGUACUCGGUCUUCCUGAGCUCUAUCGCCGGUGUGAUGAUCACAGACUACUAUAUCAUCCGCAAGGGUCAUUAUCGAGUAAGAGACCUGUAUCAUGCAAACAAGGACGGAUGGUACUCGUACACACAUGGUAUAAACUUCAGGGCCUAUGCGGCUUACAUCGCAGGCAUCCUUAUCAACGUGGUUGGCUUCGCCGGUGCCACUGGCCGCUCAGUACCAAUAGCAGCCACCCACAUCUACGACAUGUCUUUCUUCACCGGCUUCGGCGUGUCCGCAGUCAUCUACUGGGCCCUCAACCAGCUCUUCCCGGCCGCAGGUGCAUCGAAGACCUUCCAGGAAGUUGAUCAUUCCGGCAUGACGGACGCCAUCCCUUCGGGAGAAGAGCUUGCGAGGGAGGAGGACCUGGAUCGGAAGAGCGUCGAAAAAGCCGACGGCACGGCGAGCGUGCAAUCAGUAGUUUAA